AUUAUUUUCCCUUAUGAAUAAGCCAAAGAAAAAAAUAUACAUAUUUUCUAUUAAUUUUUCUUAUAAUAUGAAAAGCCAAAAAAAAAAGAUUGUGGAGGAAUAUUAAUACAUGCCCACUUCACAUCUAUUUUUGUGCAACCCUCUUUCUAAAGCUUCUCUCUGACAAUGGGAACCAUAGAGAAGAGUGUUUCUCAAGUAACCUUAACCUCCUCCGCCAUCUUCACCGUGUCUUCCUCCUCCUCCGCGGCCGCCUCGUUUUCCUCAUCUACAACAUCUUCUUCUUCUUCAUCAACAACUUAUAACUCUAAAAGAAAAGCAUCUCCAAGAUCAUCAGAAGAUCAAGAAGAUGAUGAUAACGUCGUAAAACGGCGGAAGAUCAGCGGUGGAGAUAAGCAUCCGAACUAUAGAGGAGUACGGAUGAGGAGUUGGGGGAAAUGGGUGUCCGAGAUCAGAGAGCCGAGGAAGAAAUCAAGAAUCUGGCUCGGAACUUAUCCAACGGCUGAGAUGGCAGCUCGAGCUCAUGAUGUAGCAUCUUUAGCUAUUAAAGGUACAACGGCUCAUCUCAAUUUUCCUGAAUUAUCCGGCGAGCUUCCUCGUCCGGUCACAAGAUCUCCUAAAGAUAUUCAAGCGGCUGCAACCGCCGCCGCCGUGAAUUGGCAAGAUUCCGGCGCAAAUAGCCUCCGGAUGAAUAAUUCUGAUGUAGCUGAAUUAGCUGAAACCGAGCCGAGUCGAGGAGUGAUGGCUCAGUCGUUGUCAGGUAGUGUGGUGUUUUCUUCGGACAUUAACACUCGAGAUUUGUCGGAAACUUCAUGUGCUUCGACGACAUCGUUUGCAGAUAAAGACAAGGAGGAAGAGAAGCUGUUUGAUUUACCAGAUUUGGUUACCGAUGAGAUCAUACGAAACGAUGCGUUUUCUUUUUACUCGUCCACGUGGCAGCUAUGUGGAGCUGAUCAUGGGUUUCGGCUUGAAGAGCCGUUUUUUUGUCUCAAUGACUAAAUCACACUCCAGCCCACUAACACCUAAUUAAUUUGCCUACUCUUUCUUCUUUUUUCAGUUUAUAUAUGCCCUUUAUAUAUUUACGUUUUUUUUUUUCAAUUGGAGUGUUAGUGAUUUUUUCUGUAAACGGUAUCAUUUUGAUUUUUUUUUUCUUCUUGGCAGAAAAGCGUGUUUGAUGAAUAUUUGUGUGAUAUAAAUAUGGUGAUAACAUUUUUAACAAAAAACAAAGCUAAGAACCAAGCAAAGAUCCUUGAUCAAUAAAAGUAAGAAUGAAACCUAAUUGUUUGUUGACAAUUGUCAUGAUAUUUGCAAACGAUGUCAGAUUUAUUUUCUUUUAAUUUAAAGACUAAUAAAUUUUAA